AUCAUGUUUAUCCCAACCACAUGGAUGUGAUGCAAUGGUUAGCUGAUAGCAAUCUGCUUGAAAUGGUCGUUGAUAAGCUUAGCCCAUCAGUAAGUAUACAAUAGCCCUGUUCUUUUCAUAGCCGCUGCGGCCGGCGGUAGCGACAAAGAAUAACAUUUGGGUGGAGACAAGAUGAUCGAUUUUGAAAGUGAAUUAAACUACCGGAGCUUGCCGCAGCGACUAAAAAUGAAGACGCUGCUAUCGCUGAUAUUUCCAGCGUCUAAUUUUGUUAUUGCGUCUAACCGCGCGGCUGAAAAAGUAUGCUUGUCUUGUGUUAACGGCGCUGCAUUUCCGAUCGCGAAGAUGUACUUUUCAGUUACUGACGCUGGGGAACAGCGUUCGUAAAAAGAACAAGGCUAAUAUUUUGCUACAAAUGAUUGAAAUAUAGCAAGCAUGUGCGUUAUAAGAUAUAUAGAGAGGAUAGUUGGACUCCCGUGCUUGCACAUCUAUUGUCUUCUUUGUUCGGUGAUUGGGUUAUCUACUUCUGAAUCUAUAAAUAUGAAUUUUCUUGAAGUUCAUGCAAAUGCUGCUGAAACACUGUGCACUAUUGCACAAAAUGCACCAUCACCUUUGGCUACGAAGCUCUCCAGUUCAAGUUUUGUUGCAAGGAUAUUCGGCCAUGCUUUCGGAGAUCCCCAGUCCAAAUCUAGCCUUGUCCACACACUCUCGGUGUGCAUUUCAUUGUUAAGCCCAAGAAGAUCUCUACUUUCUUCUUCCUUUAUGUAUUCAUUCAGGGGCCAACAAAUCUUUGAGUCUCCAAUUUCUGUGAAUCCGGAGACUAUUGCCACCAUGCUGCCUAGGCUUGGUGACUUUGUCAAACUUUUAAACGCGACCUCUGAUGAAAAGGUGUUACCUAUAACGUAUGGACAGUUGAGACCUCCUCUUGGCAGUCAUCGCCUGAAGAUCGUGGAGUUCAUCGCUAUCUUGUUGAAAACGCAAAGUGUAGCUACAGGAAAAGAACUAGCGAGCUCAGGAGCUAUUAGAAGAGUCCUUGAUCUAUUCUUCGAGUACCCAUAUAAUAAUGCACUGCACCAUCAGGUGGAGAGUACAAUAGUAUCGUGUUUGGAGAGCAAAAAUGAUGAGAUUGUUGACCAUCUUCUCCACGUGUGUGAUUUGAUUGGAAAAAUUCUUAAAAUAGAGAAACAGCCAAUCCUUUCUGGUGAAAACCAGCCAACGAUACCUGUUGCUGGAAAGCAGGCUCCACGGGUGGGAAAUAUUGGUCAUAUUUCAAGAAUUUCGAACAAGCUUGUUCAGCUGUCGACUAACAAUAACCUAAUAAAGACUUCACUUGAGGAACAUAACGAAUGGGGCGAGUGGGAAGCUAAUACAUUGCAUGACCGAAACGCAGUUGAGAAUGUUUAUCGCUGGGUUUGUGGACGCCCAACUGCAUUACAAGAUAGGAGUAGGGACAGUGACGAUGAUGAAGUUCACGACAGGGAUUAUGACCUUGCUGGUUUAGCUAAUAACUUGAACCAUUUUAGAUACAACAUGCAAGAGAACAAUGGUGCUGGGGAGGAUCAUGGUUCCAAUGACAGAGACGAAGAGGAUGUGUACUUAGAUGACGAAUCUACUGAAGUUGUUAUAUCAUCUCUAAGGCUUGGUGAGGAACAGAACAACAAUUUAUUCACAAACUCGAACUGGUUCACGUUCCAAGGAGAUGAGUUGGGUGACAGCACAGGAACAGGGGCCAUUCGUUCAGAGGAAGCAAUGGAAGAUGUAAGCUUGAAUGAAACUUCCGGUAAUGGAAUUGAAAAUGAUGAAGAAGACUGUUUGAUUACAGAAGGCAAGAACCCUUUUGUAGCCACAGCUUCGACCUCAGACGCAGUUUCUGUAAACACCGUACCCGGAGAUAUCGAGAUCGAUGAAGAUGUGGUUUCAGGUGAAUCGUCACCUGAAAUGGUUGAACGUGGAGAUUCUUCUUCAUCCGCUGCAGAGGUGACAGAUCCUUUUCCUGCAGAUGACAUGAAGAUACCUGAUGUGAGAGUCCCAAACGGAUCGUCAUCCUCGGAAGGCGAGGUAAGCCCAAAAUCACCACCUGUGCCUUCGUUUUUUGGCAAAGACGUUGAGUAUGUGGGAGUAGAGCCAGAAGGAACCGAGAGGGCAAUGGAUCAAGCUCUUCUAAAGGAAGGGAUAGUGGGAGAGGCAGGGCCAAUGAAGAGAAACAGCGCCACAGACUCGCCGGGAAAGGAGAGCACUGAUGAGAAUAUACAGCAGGAGUACAACGACACUAACUACUGGAAAGUCGAUCCGGAGGUGGCCGUGGUUGAAUAAUGUGCCGUGGUUCAGCGUUGUCGGAAUGAUUCCCAAGCAGAAAGGGAAGGAAAGAAAGUCUAAACCAGUUCAAGAGGAGAUUGCCACUGAAGAUGUCUUAGUUAUUCCAGAAGGUCCAUUGACUCGUGCAAGAGCCAAGAUGCUCAAGGAAGAAUGCCUUGGCCAAAUUUCCAAUCAUGAAGCCUUCACCUUAAUGGAGUUUUCUCCAACCAGCUGAUCAAUAAUUUAACAAAGGCCGUUGUGUAUUCUCUUUUUCCCUAAUUUGGUUUUGUCCCACUAAAUUUUCUAAGUUAGGGUUUUAACAAGGCCACAACUGUCCUUACCAUAUGCUAAA